AUGGGCUCCAUAUCCCCAAAGGAAGAGACCAUUCUCAUAACGGGUAUCUCAGGAUUCGUGGCCUCGCACAUUGCUCACACAUUCCUGGAAGCCGGAUAUCGCGUCCGGGGGACUGUCCGGUCCGAGAGGUCAAUUGCUGGCAUAAAGCAGGCCCAUGCGAAGUACGCCGAUCAAUUAUCCUUCAUCAUCGUUCCCGAUAUGGCGGCCACCGAUGCUCUUAACGAGGCAGUCAAGGGAGUGACAGGAGUUGUCCACACGGCAAACCCUUUCAUUUUGAACCCCAAGGACAACGAAGAAGAGCUCCUCAAACCCUCGAUUAACGGGAUCUUGAACGUCCUCAGAGCUGGGGCUACCCAGGGCUCGAUCUUACGCCGUAUCGUGCUGACGGCCUCCUUUGCCUGUGUCCUGGACCUCAGCCAAGGUCUUCGCCCAGGCUAUACGUAUACCGAGUUAGAUUGGAACCCUGCCACAUAUGAGGAGGCCAAGAACUCGUCCAACGGUGGUUUCACAUACUGCGCGGCCAAAGCCCUGGCAGAGAAGGCCGCUUGGGAAUGGAUCAAGGAGAACAAGCCAUCAUUCUCCUUCACUGCUAUCAACCCACCGUGGAUUUUCGGCCCUUCACUGGCUGGAAUAAGGUCUCUGGAUCACCUGAAUGAGUCGACAGAGGCGAUCUGGAAGCUCGUCAAGGGAACUGCCAAAGAAGUACCGCCCAUUGAUUUUGCAGGCUUUGCAGAUGUUAGAGAUGUUGCCCUCGCCCAUCUGCGCGCCUACGAAUUGGAAGAGGCAGGUGGCCAACGAUUCAUUGUCGGUUCCCACUUCGACUAUCAAACAGCAGUGGAUUCUCUCCGCGAUGACUGCCCACAUAUCCGGGACCGCAUACCACGAGGAAAUCCGGGUAAACGAGAACCAGUAUACCAAUUGGACGGAAGUAAGGCAGAGAAAGUCUUGGGUAUCAAGUACACCCCCCUCAGAGUAACGCUGAAGGACACGGUGGAGGACUUGUGCGACGCUGAAAAGAUGCAAUCGACUUAA